ACCAAUCACAGUCCAGAACUCAGCAGCACCGUGAUUUACAUUAAUAUACCCCCCACCCCCAUCACCGUGUGUGAAUUCAUUAGUACACACAGGUAAACUUCCUCUCUGCGUAUUUUCAUAGGAACACAUUUGACUUCCCACUUAUUAUAACCAGGUCAGUGAGCUAAGCGAACAUGCAGACACAAAGCUGAUCACAGCUACAUUUGUUAACAGCAGGGAUGAAGAUGCUUCAGCUGGUUACGAUUCUACUCACGCUGUCCGGAGUUCUCGCUCCCUAUGAUUUGGGUGUGAACUAUCCGGAUAAUCUGAUCUGUGCUGUGAGAGGAUUCAGUGUCUCCAUUCCCUGUAGUUAUUAUUAUUAUUCUUAUCCAACAUCAAAUCCCAGUAUUCAGGUGAUACAAAAGCUUUGGUGCUCAAUGAACUCAAACACAGACGUGUGUAUGAACCCCCCACAUGUUUAUAACAGCUCAUCAAUCACCACAUCAGACUUUGAGUACGCUGGAGACGACAAAUCAAACUGCACUUUGUUAAUCCACAAUGUACAGUUCAGUUAUUCUGGAGAGUACAGAUUCAGAUUUAUAACAACUGAUGUGCCCAGUGGAAGAUUCACAGGUAAACCUGGACCGACUCUACAAGUUGCAGAUUUAAAGGUGUCACUAAUCAGGCUCAGUGGAAUCGGAACCCUUAAACAAGGAGACUCGUUAAAUCUGACGUGUGAUGUGAACUGCACACAAAGUUCCUCACAGUUUGUGUGGUCUAAGAACAACGAGCGCUUAAAUACAUCAGGACGCGUUCUUCACUUUCCUGCUGUAACCGUGAGGGAUUCUGGGAAUUACACCUGCACUUGGAAAACCAACAGGGCGUCAGGAUCUGAAACGAUCAGCCUUCUCGUCGAGGGUGAAAAUCAUCAGCCAAACUGGAUCAUUGCUGUGGUGACAUCUGGAGUGAUUUUCAUCAUCUUAGUCCUCUUAGGAGCUGCGAUUUGCAACAGAAGGAGGAAACCCGACGCUCCGGAAGACAACAGCAGAAACGCUGGAGAGCAAACACAGUCCCCGCAGGUAAAGCAGCUUCCUCUGCCCAAUGAAGAAGUGCCGCAGCAGGGGGAAGUGACUUAUGCAACUGUGUGUGCCAAAGACAACAAUCUGAACAAUGGGCGUGUCCACACUGAGCAGAAGAAGGAGGACAUAUCUGUUAUCUACAGUACUGUGACAAUAAAAUGAUCACGUAUUUGACAUCAUAUCUUGAGGCGCUUAUUUUACUCAGGCAGCUUAAGGGGGGGGUUGACUAUGCAACCUGGCACGCUACUAGAAGAUGGAUUCAGAGUGCACAGUAGUGACACCUGCUGGUGAAGAGGAUGUUUUACACACACUCCUGCUGCCCAGUGUGAUGUGAUCCUGACACACUCCUUCUUCUUGAUCAAUCCUAAAUGCUCUACUCCUGCUUCUUCAUCUUAGAGCUUUCUACAGGUCCACCUCACAUUCCUGCUGCAGUAGAUAAUCUCAUCUGGACACCACAGAUUUGAACUUCCUAUGACCUGCAGCUGUAAUUAUAAAGACUGUCUCAUGUUCAUCCCAGGAUUCUGAUUCACAGUAUGAUGAUAGAGAACCUCUCGUAUCAUUGCAACACACAUUACUAUGUGCCUUUUCUCUGUAAUGAUUUAUAAUCCCACUAUCCAGUGGGACGCAGAAGAGGAUCUGUUCCUACUCUAAUUCUGGUUCUUCCUCAUGCCGUCUAACAGUUUUUCCUUCCUCAUCACCUCUGGAUUGUUAGAUUAGGGACCUAAAUCUACAUCCAGAUUUCUGUAAAGCUACACCAAAAAAGUAACUGAUUUUGAUUUGUAAAAUUGAAUUAAAAUAUAUAUUUUUAACUUGUUUGUAAGUUAGUCAAGAGCUGAUAAUAUAUUACAUUUGCAGUUUCUUCUUUUUUUUUUGUCUUAAACUGUAGUAAUAAACAUAUCAAAUAUCAACAGAAAAAUGUUUAGUUCACUUUUUACCCACUCAGGACCACCACAUUAUCAUAAACUUAGCAGCUGUAGAGAAGUCUUUAUGCCCUGCCCACUUCACAAUCACGUCACGUCACAGCAAACCAGUGACUACAUUUCCCAUCCUGCACUGCGGCCUACAAACACUCGUCUUCAUUCUAAUCACGCGCACCUGCAUCCAAUUCACAGCACAAUCACAACCACAGGUUAGAAGGACUUUAUAUCACUUCACCCUUUGUGAAGUAAACGCUCGUUACCUUCAGUCUCCGGCGUUACAAGCCUGGAUACUGUGUUUGUUUAUUCUGGUUUUGACCUUUUUUUGGCCUGAUAUAUUUUAAUACUAGAUUUUAGGUUUUAUUAAGU